AUGACCAAACUCGUCCUCUUCAUCGCUUUUGUAUGUUUAGGCUUUAUCUCAGCCCGUGGGGCUCCUAAUGAAAGAUAUCAUGAAGGUGACUCUCAUCGUCCUCAUAAUGAUGAGAACAAUCAUGGGAUUUCAAAACUGUGUGCCAAUAACAGUUUGGCUCAAUCUUUUCUGACCCAAAUGCGUGCACUCAUCACACAGUUAAGUUCUAAUGACUCAUUCGCUCAAGUUCUUCAACAACGAGCACAUGAAAUAGCUUAUAUCCAAAAUAACACCGAUGCACAACUUCUGUCGUCGAAUUGUACUCAAUACUUUGAAGGUCUCGAUGCUGCACAAGAUGCUGACUUGCAAGCACAACGUCAACAGGAACAGUAUGAGCGCACUGUUACUUAUCUCUUUCAGGAAAUCAUUGCAGCUCUUUUGGGUUAUAACAUCGAGAGCAGUGAAGGCUCCUGA